AUGGCGAGCGCCUUCGGAAAUGGCAGUGUGUGGGCCAUCAAGAUGUUCGACUCUUCCACUAAGAUCCCCGAUGGGUUGUUGUACGGAAACCUGGUGCACAUGGGCAACUUCGACGAGUGCCUGUCGGUGCGCAAGGGCGAAAGCGGAGGGCCAGAGGACUUCGACGGGCAGCACUGCCUCGUCGCGCUGGAGUUCCCCUCGAGAGUGGAGCUCGCAUCCGACUCUCCAGACGAGUUGGGUUCAGCGGCUCACGCCGUGGAGGGAAGCCGAAUAGUCGUCGGCAAGGCGGCGAGUGCCUUCCCCGGGCUGUCGCUGCAAGUGGCCUGGUGCACGCCCUCCACCUGCUCGGCGGAGGAAGUUGGCAAGGUCGCCAACGCCGCCACGAGCCUCGUGGACCUCAAGGCCUCCGUGGCCCCGUCCGAGUGCCACACCCACGCGCGGAAGCACCUGCGCGCCCUCGACGUUUUCGCUAUAUGUUUACUAGUUUUCUUCUUAGCAUGUGCUGCCGCGAGUACUGCAUAUGAUGUCUUAACUCAGCAUAGAGUUCAACGGAGGAUGAUAUUUCUUGCUUUCUCGGUGUACUCCAAUUGGCCCAAACUAAUUUCGAUAACUUCCGGCCGAGAUCAGUUGGCCAGUCUCAACGGAAUUCGCACCAUCAGCAUGGGUUGGGUGGUACUCGGCCACGUUUACUUGUUGAACGUCAUAUCACCGACUCUCAACAUUGCCGGUUAUGCACCUGACUUCAUGAAGUCUUUCGAGCGGCUGUACAUCACGAACGCCACCGUGUCGGUGGACUCAUUCUUCAUGAUGAGCGGCGUUUUGUUGAGCUUCCUCUUCCUCAAGGAAGUGGAGCGCACCAACCACUUCAAUAUCGUCAAGUUUUACGUCCACAGAUACGUCAGGCUCACCCCCGCUUUGGCAAUCGUGCUGCUUCUGACUGUGAGCCUUCUGAACUACAUGGGAACCGGCCCUCUGUGGAACACUGUUUACGAUUAUCAGCGAGAAGCUUGCGAACAGAAUUGGUGGACCAACCUCCUCUACGUAAACAACUUCGUGCAUACGGACAAAAUGUGUCUAGGCCACACUUGGUAUCUGGCAGUGGACAUGCAGUUAUUUUGGCUGUCUCCAUUGGUACUGCUGCCUCUUUGGAAACUGCCUAGGUGGAUUGUACUUUCGUGGUUAUCUCUCUUGCUGCUGGUUGGAUGGGCAGUGCCCUUUACGAUCGUCUAUGUCAAGGAGCUCACCCCUCUCUUUGCCGCUGGAGGGUUACAGACGCUUUUUGAUACCAUGAAGUAUUACUACUGGCCGUGGCAUAUAUUACUGGGCUGGACCUUAUCCACCGUUCUGAUGUUGGCUGCCCUGUACGGAGCCUACCCUUUCCAACAGCCAACCUAUGUGUACAACGGCGUGGAGAUCGCGUUCUGGCUCUCUCUCUUCCGAGUCAUGUGGUCCCUAGGCCUGGGAUGGAUCAUUUUUGCCUGCGAUCAGGGCUAUGGAGGAAUCGUCAACACGAUCUUGUCAUGGAGCUUCUUCCAGCCCCUGUCUCGACUGUGCUACGGAGUCUAUCUCCUUCACUUCCCCAUUUUGGAAAUAUACAGUGGAGUAAUUCAGUCGCCCGUUUAUUUAGCUGAUAUAAAUGUGAUUCCCCAGUUUCUUGGAAUGCUCGUAAUGUCGGGACUCUGGACGAUUCCAAUGGUUCUGCUCUUCGAAUCACCGAUUAUAUUUAUUGAAAAAUCAAUAAUUGGAGCAGUGUCGGAAAGACAACGUGAACCUGAAGUUGAAUAUCGAAAUCUAGACAAUCAUGAAGUUGAGGAUCAAGAUUCUGCACACGGCUAAUGCUAGUACAAAUUGCAGUUUCCAAAGAACCAUCCAGCUGAAUUCUAUGUUUUAGUUCAUCUGAACAGGAAGUGUCUUGGAUAAAAAUACGAGGGUCAUCCAAUAAUUAAGUUUCUCUAUUUUAUAAAAAAUACAAGCGGGUUAUUUACCCUUGAGACACUAUUUUAUUUUCAUUCUACUACUCGUACACUACUUCUUGACACAGUGCCCGUUUCUGUCCAAACAUUUUAGUAGCUUGACAGCAGUUUUUUGAUACCUUCGUUACACCAGAUUAUGUCUUGGCGCCGUAUUCAGUGGUUCAUUUCGUCUUUCACCUAUUCAUCAGUCGCAAACCAAAAUACUCCAAAAUGCAACUUCAGUCGUGGAAAAACAUGGAAGUCAAUGAGGGAGAUUUCCGAAAGAAUAACGUGGAUGGUGGAACGGUUCCAGUUCUUCUUCUUCUUCUUCUUCGACGGUUUCUACCCCUU